CCAGGUGCAGUAACAGCAGGAUCCGAGGACCAUUGUCCGUCCCGGUCCCGGAGGGUGACAACACGGGACCUGUUUCAGGACAGGACUGAACGCAACUAACAAAGUACCGGGCUCCCGAGAACAUUUCCUCCGAGAACAGGGAAAACUGGAUAUUUAAAGGGCAAAGAAACCGUCUAAUAUGUGUUUUUAAAGGACAGGUCCCGAUCUGAAACAUUCAUAUUCGACUGUUUACUUCUUGCAGCUGCUGCUGAAGGAAUCGGUCAAGUGUGCUGAACUUUGGACUUUGCAACUUUGCUGCUCUGGUUAAAUUCAGCUGCACUAUUUUGGGCAUUAUUAUCACGAGACGCGGUUAUUAGCUCACCGGAUCUGGACAUGAUCGCAGUAAAAUUAAUGUCAAGCUUUCCCGUGGUAAACGCAGUUUCCUGAUAAUGGUCAUUGCUGGUUCUUUUUUUUGAAGUGCACGUUGGAGGUUACUAAUUAAGGAGCGAUUUUGAUUUAAAUUAAAUGCGUGCGCUCUCGUGGGCAACUCCCGCUUCUGUUAAGAGCUCAGUCCGCGAAGGAAGGUGACACUCGCUGCCAGCGGAGUAAAAAAGAAAACGAGUGAAGCUGUGUGCACUCACGGGAACAUUUUGCUUACUUUUAUGUAGAAAUUGUAACUGUAUCACGGAUGGAGCUGUUUGGCAGUUAGCAGAUGCGCUCUUGAAGAUUGCUGCAGACUGUAGGGACUAGUUUACUAAAGUUUGGGUUCUUUUUACGGCACAAACCAGCGAAUAAAACACGACUGAGAGAUCUUAUUUAACCCUUGGGAUCGAACUACAACGAAGGAGGUCCCCUCGAGCCCGCACCAUGGCCACUAGCUCGCGGGACAGCUGCUUCUGGUUGCUCUGGAGACGCACCCUCCUCGCGCUUUGGCUGUGCGCUGUAGGAGCGCGUGCAGCGGAAGAGAGCGCGUUUAACACAGAGGCAUGGCUGAGGAUGUACGGUUACCUGCCCCAGGCUAGCAGACAGAUGUCGACCAUGCGAUCAGCUCAGAUCCUGUCCGACGCUAUCAGCGACAUGCAGCGAUUCUACGAUUUGGAGGUCACUGGACAGAUCGACGCUCAAACUCUAAGUGCUAUGAAGAGACCCCGCUGCGGUGUGCCUGACAAGUUUGGAGGCCAGAUCAAAACCAACGUUCGGCGGAAACGUUAUGCCCUCACUGGACAUAAAUGGAACAAAAAGCACCUCACUUACAGUAUUCAGAACUACACUCCAAAAAUUGGAGAGUAUAACUCGUUUGAGGCCAUCAGGCGGGCCUUUAAAGUCUGGGAGAGGGUCACCCCACUGAGCUUUGACGAAAUCCCCUACCAGGACAUCAAAUAUGGACGCCGUAAGGAGCCCGACAUCAUGAUCUUCUUCGCUUCAGGUUUUCAUGGAGACAGCUCUCCUUUUGAUGGGGAGGGGGGCUUUCUGGCUCAUGCCUACUUCCCUGGACCUGGAAUGGGUGGAGACACGCAUUUUGACUCUGAUGAACCAUGGACCAUAGGGAACCAUAAUGUACAAGGUAAUGACCUCUUCCUGGUAGCAGUCCACGAGCUGGGACACGCCCUGGGCUUAGAACAUUCCAACAAUCCUCUAGCCAUCAUGGCUCCCUUCUACCAGUGGAUGGAAACGGAGAACUUCCAGUUGCCAGAGGAUGACCGGCGGGGGAUACAACAGAUCUAUGGUCCUCCUGACAGCAGUCCCACCCAGGCCUUGCCUACAGUGGCACCACGUCGCCCAGAGCCCAGACCACCUCAAACACCUCCUCGGCAACCUGAUAGGCCCAGGACCACCGAAAGACCAGAUCAUUAUGGACCCAAUAUCUGUGAGGGAAACUUUGACACUGUUGCUAUGCUCCGAGGAGAGAUGUUUGUCUUCAAGGGCCGCUGGUUCUGGCGUGUGCGUAGGAACAGGGUUCUGGAUAACUACCCCAUGCCAAUCGGUCACUUUUGGAGGGGUCUCCCUGGCGACAUUGAUGCUGCAUAUGAGAGACAUGAUGGCAGGUUCGUCUUCUUUAAAGGAAACAGAUUCUGGCUUUUCAGAGAGGCUAACCUGGAACCAGGCUACCCACUUGAGCUAGUCGAUUAUGGUAUAGAUAUUCCCUACGACCGAAUAGAUACAGCCAUCUGGUGGGAGCCAUCCGGCUACACUUACUUCUUUCAAGGAGACAGGUACUGGCGCUUCAACGAGCAGUCUCGCUCAGCUGACAGAGGCUACCCGAAGUCAAUCAGUGUCUGGGGAACGUCAGUGCCCUCUAAUCCCAAGGGGGCCUUCCUCAGCGAUGAUGGAGCAUACACCUACUUCUAUAAGGGUUCCAAGUACUGGAAGUUUGACAACCACCGUAUGAAAAGCGAACCGGGCUAUCCAAAAUCCAUCCUGAGAGAUUUCAUGGGCUGCAGCGUGGACCUGGAUCCCGACAGAGACACGGACACAGACUCGGGCCGCAAAUACCCAGACGUAAGCCGCCCGCCAUUUAACCCCGACGCAGGACGUGACGGCGACAAGGGCAAAGACCGGGACGGAACAGAUCGCGGGGGAACGGACAAAGACAAAGGCUCAGACGGUGACAAAGAUCAAGACUCUCGCGAGGGACGUGAGGAGAAGACCAAUGAGGUGGAUGUGGUACUGAAGGUGGACGACAGCCAAGAGCGGACCAUGAGCAUCCUGAUGGUAACCAUCCCACUGGUCCUGGUGCUGUGCAUCCUGGGACUGAUCUAUGCCAUCAUCAACACGCUGCAGAGCAAAGGGGCACCACGCCUGCUGGUGCACUGCAAACGCUCACUUCAGGACUGGGUCUGACCCCUGAUGUUAGGUCUUUGAACGCUGAACUUGAUUUAAACCUUAGAUGCCCCCUCCUCCUCUAAUCUAGCCCUCUUCCCAGUGAUCCAUCUGUCUCCAGUCUCUGUGCUCAGUGGCUCCUGCAGCUCUGUGGUAGUAGAUCCAUGCAAAUACUGUAAUGAUACAUACACACAAACUAGACGCGAGCGUAACUUAUGUCUUACAUUUUCAAACACACACACAGACACACACCUCUCUAACCUCCUCCUGUCUCCCAUGGUGCUCUACAAUGCAGUGACUGUAGUCUAUUUAUAUGAGAGAAGUUUGCACAUAGUUUUGUUCUUUUUGUUUUGGUUCAUUUUAUGUGACUUUUUUGUUGUUGUUGUUAUUAUUACUUCUAAAGCAGGAAGGCCGGUCUAUUCUCUCUCACAUCUCUGCUCCGCCCUCCUCCUUCCCCUAAUCUCCGUAGGGGCUUUUUCCUCGCUAAUAACCUGACAUCAGCUUAUACUAUCUCAGUUGCCACAAAAGGAAGAAAUUUAAAGCAUUAAAAAGAUUUGUAGACAGGCCACAGUGCUUCAAGUGGGGUCCAGAAGGGUUCUUUCCUUCCUCUCAUCAGCUCCGUGUUUCUUGUCUUUCCUUUUCUCUGCAGGAGAAUCUGUGAAGAGGUGUUUUGGGACCUGCAACGAGCUCAGAUAUUAUUCUCUUUGACUCUUGUUGAUGGUGAUUAGGGUGUGAUUGUAAGUCUGAAGGUUAAUUCAGAGUUCAGAUUGUUAGUCAGAGGAGGGCAGGUUUGUUUUUAAACCAUUAAAUCUUAUUGUUGCAGUCUCUCCUAUUUAUGUUAAUAAUAACUCUGUAUUCACUGUGAGAUCUGAGAAGGUUACAUGUAUAUCAGUCAAACAGGGUUUAAACAAACAAGAUAAUAAAGCCAGAGCUGUGCGGCUAUUACAUACUUUUAAUUUCUUGUAACCUUCUGGUGAACAUAUUAUUUAUUUAGACAAUGCAAAGUAGUGAAAAAAGACAUUUUGCUAGGUAUAUGAUACAGUAGCCUAAGACUGACAAUUGGCUGUUUAACUUCAUUGACAAACAAAUCGAUGCACUCUGCAGACACACGGUGUUACUCUGUCUAUGUCUAUAUCCACUUUUGUCUCCGGAAAAGAUUUAGUUUUCCAGUCCGGCAGCUAUAAAAGCUUUUAAGCUUUUCAACCUCACUCAUGUUUUUUAUGCCAGUAGACAGAAUUAACUAGCAACACAGUCACAUAAUUCCAUAGAUGAUUCUAGAUAGAAACACUGGCACUGCAAAUAAAUUAACCCUUUAAGGUCAGAUGACUAAUGCCUUCCAUAUCUUGUGUUCACACUGAUGGACAGUAGGUCUGCCUUCUUUCUUUCCCUUAUUUGGAAGCUUGUCUUGUUAAAGAGCUCUCUGGCUGAAAGGAUAAAUAGACUAUAAAGGGGACCUCUUCCUUUAGUUCUCAACUGUGGGGCUAAUUCUCAGAGAUCCUCUUUUAUGUCAAAAAUAAGACCUGUCCUUUGUGCCGUGAAGGAGACGGACUAAUAGUUAAUGAACAAAGUCAGCUCACUGUGAAAUAACACAGGAGGGAGAGCAUCUGGGUGUGCGAGAGACAUAAAAGGGGGAAACAAAGCUAAGGCUGUUACAGAGCAUUCACGGAGUGCAGCUCGUCUACCAUGCAGUACAUAAUGCAUCUUUUACUGCUAGUAUUUUUUAAAGAGACUUCUGGGAUGAUAUGCAGUCUUACUGUAAGCACCAGGGUGGGCUCAGGCCAUGAGGGCUUAUGUGAACACAGACUAAUCCUCCUCAUCAAAUAACAGCAGGUGUGCGCAAAUGCCGUUAACCUCUAAACUAAACUUUGACCUUACUGAGUCAAAACAGUCGGCUUUCGUUUCAUCUCUCAAGAAGGCAUGCACAGAAAAUUGCCUCUUUAUUACACGGAGUUCUCAGUGCAUUCAGACACACACUGGAAAAUUGGUGUAAAACGGUGACUACGCUGAUAAAGAGUCAUGAAAGGCUAAAACCAGGUGUGGUGACCUUUUACAGUCAACAUUUUUCUUAAUGGCAGCAAUUUAUCUCAUCGUGAUGAGUUUAUGCCUGAAGAUAAGGCAUAAAAUGAGUGUGUGAGUGAAAGUGUUUAGAAGUUUGAUUUCAGACAUAAAUUGGAGGAAGGUUUAUCUGAAGUAGCAUUUAGAACUAAGCUGCCACUCUGACCUGGGGGGUGGGGGGUUGGCUCAGCUCACCCAGCUCAGGUUACACAAAUGGGGAGGGUAUCGAGAGUCUGAAUUUCUUGCAGCUGAGAAAAGGAAAGGGGGAAGGAGGACUGAGGGAACACGCCUGACCUCGGCUCCCUGAGCUUGCAAAGUUUAGAUCUCAGGAAUAAGGAAGGGUGGGAAGAAGGAGGAGACAAAGAGAAGAGGGAGAGAGAGUUGGCAACAACCCAUGUGACCCAGAUUCCCUUGCAAGUUCAGCAGCAGUGCUGGCCAAAGAGGAAACUUUCGCUUAGAGUAGGUGACAGGCCUCGUUUAAGAAAGCUUGUCAAAGUGUUUCACUUGUAGUUUUGUAUAAGCACAUGCAUGCUUUAGAGCCUCCUUAUUGGCAGCAUUCAUACUUAUUUUCCAUGGAUCCAGUGCUCAUGUCAGUGCAGGUGCAAAGCCAUUUCUGCCUCGGUGCCUUUUAAUAAAGCCCACAUUUCCACAUGCGAAGAAUCAAAUAUUCUAAAAGAUUUUGAAUAGUAGUUGGGGUCAUUUCUGUGUUGCGGAUAUUAUGGCAGACAGUCAUGGGAGAAUUUUUCUGUAGAGCAUUGUCAUAUCCAAAACAAUGUUUGGUGCCAGCUUUUUGCAGUUCUUGUCAUUUUUUGGCUGAAAUACAUUAAACUUCUAAACUGGACACCAGCACUCUGUCCAUGGAUAAAGGUGUAAGUGCAUUGGCCUAACCUGAUACUGCUGUUCUGCUAGGCCUCCCACUAAGAGAAGAUAGGGCAAAGUGAGACACCUAAGUAGUCAGACCUGAAGUUAACAGGAUACCCAUACUGAAAGGAGGAAAAGGAAGAGCAAACUCAGCCGUCACCAGAAGUCUGGAGAUUGAUCUGAGGCAGGUCGAUAGCAGUUGCCAGGAAACGGUGUCCCGUGUCCAUCCCUCAUCUCCUCAUCAUGAAGCUUUUGUGGGGAAGGAGGGGUUGGCGGACGCAGCUAAUCAGCUUUAAAAGCACUCCCUCCCCCUCUCCUCUACUGUCCUGCUCUUCCAUUUGGUCCUUCAGGCACAUCAAUGAGCAUUCAGACAGCCCAGCGUCUGGACAGGCUCAGAAAGUGCCUACUCAUUGCGCUAGACACCCAGUUGUUUAUGGAGUUCUUCUUUAUUAAGCCUCCUAUUCUCCUCUAUAACCUCCAAACAGAGAGCCCACAGGGAGUUAACCACUUCAAAGCUAAAGUAACCACUUCAAAAGUCUGAAAGAGAGGUCCAGUGCACCUGAGUUUGCCUCACGCAGAAACACAGUUUUGGUGAUUCAGCAGUUUGAGCGAUUUUCUGUGAGGGGACACUGGCGGGUUUAAUACAGUUUAUUUGUCUCAGGACACCAAGCAGAAGAGAAGUAUUGAAAGGUUAGGAAAGAGAUCUGUAAGAUUGAUUGAUGCCUGUUUGUGUGCAUGUAGAGGUGUUGAGUUAAUCAGCCCUCCUCUCUAUAAGCUAGGCCUGUGUUCUGACUGUAAAUCUCCCACACGCCACGUCUCUCCACGCUCGGCCCAGCCCUCAAAGCCCGAGGGGAUCAUAAUAAAAACAAUGGCCUUCUCUCUCACUCUCUUUGUCCUCCCCCUAUUUUCUGUCUCUCUAAUACAUACACACUAACACAUUAUUGUCACACACAACAAAGCUUGCUAGUAGAUCCACCUACUUGUUCAGCAACUUUUAACACGAUUUGCUUUGAUUUUUGUUGAUGUCACAUUCAGAUUCAAAGCUUGCAAAAGCUGAAGUUCAUUUUGAAGUGCAUACCCUUAAUGCAAAUUUUAGGUAAGGUUAGGAUAUGCUGAUCUCAAUCUGAGCUUUCAUCUCUCUCAGGAUGUGUUUCUGUAAAGACUGCACGUUAAGCAUUUCUCAUUCAACCCUGAUGUUUUGUUCUUUUUAAUGAACAUCUGUUAAAAUCUCCACAAUCGGUCUGAAGCCAGGUUGUAUUGUAGCCGUGUCUUCUCUCUCCACACAGUGUGCUUUUUAGCUUGCAGCUUCCCACUGUCACAGUGUAUCUCUGCACUGCCUAAUCACUGCAAGCUUCAAAAAGUCGUUGCAUCAGCCCUGUGCAAAACCCAAACUCUAGGAGGAAAAACAGAUUAAUAAAUAACGAACUAAAAAAGAUUAAAACAA